UUGCCUGAACUUAAAGCUUCAUUUGUAAAGAUCAGGUACUGGAAGAAGUACGGGAGUGAAAAGUAAUGGUACUGCAGGGCUGAGGAAUAACUUGCUGAAAAGAACAAGAGGAGCCUCAGUGGUAAUGGUCAUCAACAAGAAACUGCCCAGAAGUAACACCAGUCUUUUAAAAGCCGUGUGACGUGUCUCAAAUUCCACAGUUAUGAGAGUCUCAGUGCUGAUCCGUGGUGUGGUGGUGCUGCUCAUCAGCAUCCUGACUCUAUACAUCACAAAUAAACUAAUGAAUUCUCCACAAAACAUCAACAACAUAAAAUGGAUGCUAGGUGAAACAACACAAUCUCGCUCCAAAAAGAAUGAUGAGCGCCAGCCCUGUGAUAUUGAAUGCCCAGAGCACAAUUAUCCCUUUAGGAUCAUUAGUGGAGCAGCCAGUGUUGUGGGACCCAGCAUCUGUUUCAAUGGGAACAUCCUGAUGAGCAACAUAAAGAACAACAUCGGGAGAGGGUUGAACAUCGCUCUAGUGAAUGCUACAACAGGUAAAACAAUGCAGACAGACUUCUUUGACAUGUGGUCCGGAGAUAUCAAUCUGCUUCUGGCAUUCCUUAAACCAAUAGUUUCCGGAACCAUUGUGCUACUUGCUUCUUUUGACGACCCAGCGACAAAGAUGAAUGAUAAAGCAAGAACUAUCUUUAGUGAACUGGGGAGUUCUUUAAUUCAUUCAGUGAAAUUUCGAGACAACUGGGUUUUUGUGGGAGCAAAAGGAAUUAAGGAAAAAAGUCCAUAUGAACAGAUCAUCCAAAAUGACAAAGCAAAAAACAAAUAUGGAGCGUGGCCUGAGGCGGUGGAAAUGGAAGGCUGCAUACCAAAGAAGCAUAAUUAGCGGACUUAUUACCCUUAAUAUCACAACAGAGAAUCAUAAAACCACAGAAAUGUACAACACAGUAGGAGGCCAUUGUGUGUCUUGUUGCGCCCCCUCCCCACCCCCAACCCCAGACUUAACUUUUAGCUACAUCAGUAAAGAGGUAAUUGGAGAACAGGACACACGAUUAUAUUACGGACUGUUCUUCAACUGCUCCAAUUCAAGCCUUUGCUAUGUUUGCUGCAGUACCUCUGAUCAACUUGCAGGUAGCAAUGAUUUUUUAAACUGGAGCAAGAUCACAUAAGCCCAGAAAUGCACAGGAAUGAAAUGAGGCCUGAACUACAUGGUUGAUGCAUGAAAGUUAGAAGUGGAAGGCCUGAAUUAUGUUUUAUGUAAAAUAAAUAAAGGAACUUUACUCAA